UACAACCUUUCACCUAGAUCCACAUCUGAACUUGACCAAAAUGCAGCAACAACUGCUCCAGCAUCACCAAGAGGUGGUGCAACCAUGAAAGAUUCAGGCUGAACUCUAAAAGAGGGAAGCCAUAUUAUGAAUGAACAUUUAUUAGCACGAGGAAAAAAAGGCUGCAAGACAUAGACAGUGGGAAUUAAUAACCCUUGCAGUAUCUACCCAUGCAUUGGUGGCUGGCCUGGAUUGCCGUGAGAGGUUCUGGGACAAGUGGAGGAACACAAGCUGGAGUAUUUCCUCAUCCAUUAAGGGUAUUUACUGCUUUGUGGGAUACUGAUGCUCAUAUGUACUUUUUGUUCUGUUCUCAAGGGAGGCAGAUGCAUGUUUUGAAUUGCUGUGCAGAUUGUUUUAAUUAUAAUUGUGAUUUUGGUUACAGAUCAUCCCAGAUGGCUGAAAGGACUGCCAGCAGCAAGAGGGUGGCACACAGUGAGAUUAAGUAUGUCAGUUUAGGAUAAUUGGCUCAAUUUUGUUUGAAGCCUCCAUUUUGUGAUUUUCUUCUGUGAGAUGUUUUGCUAUUAGGUUGCAUUCCUUUAAGUUGUUUUCAUUAGUAGUCUGUUCUUUCUGGGGGUUCAUAUGUUAUUAGUUAUUUAUGGAAUACACGUUACCAAACAUAUUAUGUUGAGAAAAUAUUGUAAACAACUUUAGUAACAGCUUGUGUUAAUUAACCUACCAAUAAAACUGUGUGGUUAACAAAUUAGGUAAGAGGCCACCAGUCAGAAUUUCAGAGUAACCAGUGGAUAUCUCUAGUUACAACCAUAAAAGCUGGCCAGAGGUCCUUCAUCAGCCUUCUUCUGAGUCAUAGGUAGAAGUCCUGAAGUACUGUAUGCUUGAGACUUAAGCACCCCAAUCUUUUCACUGAGCAGGGUUGAUUGACAGAGACUUAAGAGAUGAUGACCUGAGACAUGGCCUCUGGCUGGGCAUUGGGAAAACUUUGAUAUGAGCACCGUAGGAAAUGAUUUUUAUUUUUUGUAUCAUUUAAUAGUUCUGUUCUGUAUCACUGCCCCAUUUUGUCAAGCCACACUUCUCUGUUCUUGAGUUAAGCUCAGGAAUGCAGUUUUCAUCCAGAGUGAAUUCAAAGGUGUGGUUGAAAGGAAAAGUUAUUAUUCAUGCAAAUAGUUCCUAGAACAUCUGGUGGUUGUGUGUGAGCCCCAACUAGCUUAACCUGGUGCUAACCCCCCAAAAGAUAUGUCACCUGUCUUUCCUGUUCUUCGGCAGUAAGGAAAGAUUUGAUCUCCAAAGACAUAGGCUGGUGGUACUGAUCCCGCAACAAAAAAAUUACUAGAGGCAGAAGAGUCCCGUAAGAUAAUCCUCUGUUGUCAGAAAGGGGUGUGAUUUGCCACACCUGAAUGCCAGCCCAUUUAGGGCAGCAAAUGGUAUGUCCUGUUUGAGGAACGGCAAGAAGAGACAGUGUAACUGGGAGGCCUUCCUCACCCCCUCUCAAAUCCAGUGCCUUCCCCCUGUUAAUUAUCUUCUGUUUAUCCUACAUAAUUUGCUCCCCCAUCAGAUUGUGAGCCCCGGGAGGGCAGGGAUCGUCUUUUGUCUCGUGGGAAACAUCGGUGAAGGACCUUGAAUGCCAGGAUGGAGUUUGAACUUUUUUCAUUGGGUCGUAAGAUGCCAUUAAAUAUCCUGUGGCUGGGGGGGUACCACGGUCCUAAGAGCGUGGUUCUGGACGUGUUGAGCUUGAGGUCCUGGCGGCGCUUCCGGACAGUCCAACAGAGUCCGGAGCAAAGGAGGGAAGUGAGAGCUUUGGACCCGGGCACCGUGGUCAGAGGUGACCUUCGGAGAAUGUCCUAGUGGGAGAGAAAACACCAGGAAAAGGGGCAAGGGGCAAAUUCUGGGAGAUGAAACAACGGAAGAAAAUAAAGGUGACGCGGAACCCUCCUUGAUCAAGCCAACUCAAGUCUUUUUCCAGGCCUGCCCUCCCGUCAGAGCGCAACUUCAAUCAUGCAAACAUUACGGACUGAACACGGAGUUCCCUGGGCUGGGGGUAGGGGGUGUCAGAUGAACGCGGUUCCAAGAAGGCUGCAGGGAACCCGGCCCGCCUGUUUCCCCCACCGUCGAAGGUCGCGGCGGGCGGGGGGGGGGGCAGUGGGUUGUGAAUAAGUAAUGACGUCGGGUAAUGGGCCGCCCCGUCUCCGUCUUCGGGGCCCCGUGGUGGGGGUAGAAAGGAAAGGCACGUCCGUCCCAAACUAAUGCCGGCGGCACUUCUGGUAGCAGAGGACGAGCCGAGACUGAGUGGACGCCGGCCCACGGGGAGAACGUCACAACGGACGGUGGGGCAAAGACGCGGGAGACCCCCUACGGCCCUAUAAAGAUGGGAGGAAGCGGAGGCGGAAGAGACACAGCUCUCCCCCGCGGACGCAUUUACGACAGUUCGCUGCUCUUGGCGGCCGCCGUAGCGUGUCCGCUGCGCUGCGGCUGCGCAGGAGGCCUGGCCCCGCCCCGAGCUACGUCACAUCCCGCUCCGCCCCCUCGCGCCGGCAGCGGGUCCUUUUCGCGCGGGAAAAGAAAGCUAGCAGAGUCAAGCAGGCGCGAGCUUGUGGACCCCCGCCCGGGCCACGGCGGCCAUGGGGCUUCUGGAGCGCUGCAAGGAGGAGUUCGGCACCGCCGACCUGUACGAGGUGCUGGGCGUGCGGCGGGAGGCCUCGGACGGCGAGAUCCGGCGCGGCUACCACAAGGUGUCACUGAGGGUGCACCCGGACCGCGUGGGCGAGGCCGGCCAGGAAGAGGCCACCCGGCAGUUCCAGAUCCUGGGCCAGGUCUACGCGGUCCUGAGCGAGCCGGAGAAGCGCGCGGUGUACGAUGAGCAGGGCGCCGUGGACGAGGAGGCGGACGGGCUGAGCCAGGACCGGGACUGGGCGGCCUACUGGAGGCUGCUCUUUAAAAAGAUAACUUUGGAGGACAUUAAGACGUUUGAGGAGAAGUACAUCGGUUCUGAAGAAGAGCUGACCGACAUUAAACAAGCCUAUAUGGACUUCAAGGGCGAUAUGGAUCAGAUCAUGGAGUCUAUAUUAUGUGCAGAGUACACCGCGGAACCCAGAAUUCGGAACAUCAUACAGCAAGCCAUUGAUUCCGGAGAACUUCCACCCUAUAAAGCUUUCCUCAAGGAGUCAAAGCAAAAGAUGAAUGCGAGGAAAAGAAGGGCUCAAGAAGAAGCCAAAGAAGCAGAAAAGUCCAGAAAGGAGCUGGGUCUUGGGGAUGAACCAGGUGACCUAAAAGCACUUAUUCAGAGCAGACAAAAGAAUCGGGAAAAAGAAAUGGACAGUUUUCUGGCUCAGAUGGAAGCAAAGUAUUGCAACUCUUCCAAAAAAGGAAAAAAAAUAAUUGACAAGAAAGGAAAAAAAUGAAAGUCAUGGUUUUGUUUCUUCAUUGGGCCUUCCGUUUAAUUGGUACUUACCCACCUACCUGGAUAAAAUUAGUAAAACCUUUAUUAUUCAGGAAAAUGGGUUCUCUCUGGCCUGGACUCUCCAGAUCGGUGACAGUCUCAUGAGUAGUUUAUUUAGCCAUCACCGCAGCCCACUUUCAUUUGUUAUACGCUCCAAGUGUUUACUGGCAGUCUGUUGUUUCUAUGAAAUUUCCCUCCUGGAAGAAUUUCAUUUUUAGAGGAUCUAUAUUUCCACAAGUCUUACACAAAAGGAGUUCUAAACAGCUCACCUGACGGGUAACAAUGCCGCUAACCGCCAAACUACUCACUGGUGAAGAAAUGCUUUGUUCUAAAUAUUCCCUUGCCAUGUUGGUUUUCAUUUAUUUAUAGUGAACAAGAUUUGUUUCAUAUUUUGCACUAUUUGGUGCUGGCAAAUAUUUCAAGAAUUUUUGUAAAAAAAAAAUUGGCUAAAAUAAACUAGCAAAA